AUGGCCGAGGAUCAAAGAAGGCUAUUAGAGCAACUAAUGGGGAAAGAUGCGUUGAUUUCCCCCGUAUUAAAGCGAAGAGAACCUGCAAUGACAGACCAUAGAGUCUGCAAGAGUUUUCUAGUGGGAACAUGUCCACAUGAUUUGUUUGCAGGAACCAAACAAGACAUAGGUAAGUGUCCACAGCUUCACUUGGAGAAACAUAAACUUGAGUACGAGUUUCGAACGAAGAAAAAGGGUGAAAAGUUCCCUGAUCUUGAAUAUGACUACUACCAGAAUCUUCAAAAAUAUAUCAAGGAGAUUGAUCGAACCAUAGAAACUGCAGUACGUCGAUUAGAGCACACGCCCGAGGAGAAGGCCAAGAUUGCCACUGUAACGAAGGAAUUGGACAACUUGGAUGCCAAGAUUGGGCUCAUGACGCAAGAAAUUGAUUGUUUGGUGGAGGCCAACCAAAACCUCAAGGGACUUUCUGAAAGUGCCAAACUCAAUGAUCUCUAUAAGGAAAGAGAGACACUUGCUGAAACUGCAAGAAACAUUGCAGAAAAUGUGGGUCAGUCUUCACAACAGAAGCUCCAAGUCUGUGAGCAAUGUGGGGCAUACUUGUCCCGCUUAGACAGUGAUAGACGGUUGGCAGACCAUUUCAUUGGGAAGAUUCACUUAGGAUUCGUUCAAAUGAGAGGGGCAUAUGCUGAAUUACAUUCAAAGUUUAAGGCUUAUUAG